AUACACAUACGCCCACAAGCAAUUAAUCUGCCAGUUAAACAGAGACACACUCAUACUUAUCUGUUAUUCUGAGCUAUUCACCCAACAUGACCGGGAGAGCUGUUUUGCUGGGACUGCUGUUCCUCUGCGUCAUUACAGAUGCAGCGGUCAAGUCUGGACUCAUGAGAAAGCCUGCUUGUCCUCCUGACAUGGAGGAGAUAGUUGCGUGCCCUAUGAAUUUCGCUCCAGUUUGUGGCAGCGAUGGAAACACUUACGGCAACGAGUGUACCCUCUGUGCACAGAGACAAUUAACCAAGAUGGACAUUUUGGUCGUGAAAGAGGGAAGCUGCUGACGUGCACGGCUGGUUAUCACCAAGUGGCCAAUCAGGAUCAAGCAAAAAAAGAUCCUAAAGGAGGACAUCAGCUGCUCCAAAUAAAUGUCAUUGAGUUAAACAUUCAAAUAUCAGUGUGUUUGUGAUCAUUUAGUAGAUGUGAAGAUGGACAAAGACCGAAAGUUGGAUCUUUCUCACUCUCGUCUGUACUGGGAAAUAAAAUCCACAUGAACACUGGCCACGUCCGGUUUAGGUUUAUCUGAAAGAUGUGAGAAAUGUACAGCUGCUGAUGCUGGUGGUGCAUGAUUUAGCAAUUAUUUUAGGUAUUAUUUUUCAUUGUAUAAUCGUGACCAUACAGGUCAGAAAAGUAUAUUAUACAGAGAAUUGCUCAGUAUCUCACUGGCAAAAGAAAAUUGAGAUUACAUGUAAGCAUAUGCAGCUCAUUAUUCUACUUAUUUGGGAUUGAUUUUGAUUACUGAGAAAUGAUCUGAAUUGGGUGUAUGCUCUGAGUAGAAAUUAUUUGUUCAAUUAGACUGCC